CUCGAAUGGUUGUAUGGUACGAUAAAUAUACACAGACCUGGCCGCAACUGCUAAAAGAGCUGUGCAAAAACCAUCACCACGACGGGCGAUUCUCAGCAAAAGGAGAACGCUGCCUGCUGCUUCCACCGUUAAGGGCAUAGAACUGAGAACUGCCACCCCUUGGACACCCGUAUAGUAACCUUCUAACUGUUACACAAGCUAACUCUGCUAUACUUAUACCGGGUUUCACCAUUUGAAACACCGGUUCUGAAACCCAGGGAAACAAACCGCAAGUAUCUGCCACGAUGUCUAACCCAUUUCAGUUCGGGACCCCGUCAACAUCGGCAGGUUCCAAUACUCCUCCUGUAUUUGGUACGGCUGGCGCAUCACCAUUUUCCCAACCCGCGUCCGGAAAGCCUUCUGGUGGUCUCUUCGGAAAUAUCGGCGCGACACCGACAACAACGACAGGUUCCUCCUCUUCAUCUUUGUUUACGACAACCCCAGAAACAGGGCAGACGGCUUCUUUGUUUGGUGGUCAAGGCUCAAAACCUACGUUUGGCGGCACCCCUUCCAGCAACCCGUUUGGGAAUCCUUCAAACCCAGGACAAGCCUCGGCGACGAACCUAUUUGGAAGUGCAAGCCAGACUCCUAAAUCAACAGAACCUGCAUCAUCCGGCCAAACUCAGACUGUGUUAUUUGGAGAAGCAGGCAAAACGGCUCCAGGAACGGGUGGUUUGUUUGGGAAUGCUACUCCAGCACCGUCGAACGGAGCAUCAUUAUUUGGCAACAUGUCAACUACACCUGCCGGACCCCCUCCUCAGACCUCAGCUGGGCAGGGCCUUUUCACAAGCCAAGCAUCGACAAAACCUGGGGAGUCAGCAUCUCUUUUCGGACAAAAGCCAGCUUCCUCUACUUCUUUCGGGAGUCUAGGCGUAACCACAAACGCCCUAUCGUCAGCAGCCGCGCCUACAACAACCGCAGCAGCGCCAAGUUUAUUCAAAGGCGCUUCCCAAUCGCAAACGCCAAGUACGGGUAACUUAUUCGCUUCUCCGGCCGCUAAAGGUCAGGCCGUGGAGACAGGGAAACCACAGGCAAAACCGACCCCGCCCCUAUUCGAUGCACCCGCGAUAUCAACCACUCCCCAGGCAUCUGGUUCGCUAUUCAAUACUCCUGGGACUUCGGGAGCUCAAUCACAACAAAAGCCAUUUAGCUUUCCUUCCUCCAAACCCACUUCGGGUGCUUUUACACCAGCCACAAUGUCAGAAACUGCCCAGAAGCCUCUUUUUGGAGCAACGGCGGUUACUACUACUCCAUCGACUACAAGCACAACGACAGCAGCACCUGCUGCUGGGCUAUUUGCUGGCCUAAUUACCCCGAAAACCAAUACUCCCAAAGAUUCAACUACCCCGGCUACUACUUCAAGCCAGCCAGCAGGUGGAAUGUUCAGCCUUGGUAAGCCGACGACCACGACAGCUCCAGUGAGAUCUCAAGCAACGACCUCUGCUGCUGGAGCAACAACUACUGCUGCACCUACAACAGGCGCCACCACUGCCACUACUAGUGCUGGUGGAACAACAUCAACUCCAGCCACCGCUAGUGGCCUUGGGGCGUCGACCGUAGGCCCAGCUCCUCCAGCACAAUCGCGGCUCAAAAAUAAAACCAUGGAUGAGAUCAUCACCCGCUGGGCGACUGAUUUAACAAAAUAUCAAAAGGAAUUCCAAGAACAAGCUGAGCAGGUUGCCGAUUGGGAUCGGAUGCUUGUGGAAAAUGGAACAAAGGUGCAGAAACUGUACGGUAAUACAGUCGAUGCGGAAAGAGCUACACAGGAAGUUGAACGCCAAUUAGCAUCUGUAGAGGGACAACAAGAUGAAUUGAGCUCGUGGCUCGAUAGAUAUGAACAAGAGGUUGAGGCUUUGUUGUCGAAGCAGGUUGGGAUCACGGAUUCAUUGCAAGGACCUGACCAAGAGCGUGAACGAACAUACAAACUCGCGGAACGUCUCUCCGAACGACUCAAUGAAAUGGGCCAGGACUUGACAAGCAUGAUCGAGGAGGUCAAUUCCGCCUCCUCCACUUUGAGCAAGACCUCCAAAUCCGAUGAACCUAUCUCUCAAAUCGUCCGUAUCCUCAAUUCGCACCUUUCCCAACUUCAACUCAUCGAUCAAGGCACGGCCAAUUUACAUGCAAAGAUCGCUGCUGCGCAAAAAGCUAGGUGGCUCUCUUAGUGCCCAUCAACAUCAAGGCACAUAUAGCCAGCUUCGGAAUGGAAUUGGAAAUGGGAUGGGUGGCGGAGGUGCCGCAGAUGACUUUUACAGAGCUUACAUGGGCCGUCGGUAAAGGAAGAACUGAUGUAAGAGUUGAAAGGGGAGGCUUAGUCAACAAAAAAUUUCCCUCUGGAUAUCAACUUGUGGUAGGAAACUUUUCGGUAUACCCGACGCCUUGGGAUCUUUUUUCCUCUUGUGUUAUUUUUACUAUUCUAUCAUCCAUCACCCAUGUUUCUUUAGGCAAUCAAAUUUUGUACACUGUCGUAUCCCAUACUACCCGUUAUUUUAAAUACCUUUUCCACUGCUCAUUGUGAGCAAAAGUUUUUGUAAUACAUUAGGACCGCUUGUCGCUAGUUUUACUUUAAUCCUGCCGAUAAAAAAUAAGGUCAGACCGAGUGACCGACUAUAUUUUCAUCUUAAAACUUGACAAUCAAAUCAAGCUUCCAGAACAGCUCUAUCUGGGCCUGGAUUUCACCCUUCUCACCGAAGUUUCAUGACAACGAAGUAAUAAUGAGUAUAUGUACUGUUUACUGUACUACCCCGGCCCCUCUCCGUCUUCGUCACUUCCUCCCCCUCUGGCAAUGGCCAUUUCUAUGGAUGAAUCCGCUUACUUGUCUGGGACGGAAACCUACAGCAAGAAAACCAUAGCCCAGGCCUCCAAGUUUGCGAUCCGGCAUAUGGACAUAUCCCGAGGCCAGUGGGUACUGUACCUACCUACACUAUACACUCCAACGUUCCAAUUUGAAACUGAGCGCAAAUCACCCAUUUCAAAAGAAAAACAUGUGUUUUGCUUGAAUUGAUUUCGACGACCCUACAAGGAGGAACAGGGGAAGAAAUGGAAAGGAAAAAGAAUCCAAGGAAAUACCAAGAAAUCCAACAGGGACAAGAGAAAAUGGAGAAAACGAAUGAACCGCACACAGGAGAAAAACGAUUUAUAUAUGUAUAUAUACAAAGAUAUAUUCCAAACUAUCUUCUUCACCAGUUGACUGUUUGACGGGUCAAGCAAGUAUGUAUGUAUGUAAGAGUGUUAAGGAGAGGGGAGAUGAUGCUUAGAAUGGGAGCAAAACGAAAAAUCCCAUCAGAGAAUUAAAAGAAAAGCAACACAAAAAAGACAACCUAGUGUUUCAGUGUCAAUUUCUUUCUGUUGUUUGAGCUUCUCUUUUUUCCCCCCAUACUUUCAUAGUUCAUAUUCUGCCCCUAAAUUCCCUUUGAUCCUUUAUACAAAUGUUGCCUUGCACAGAUACGGUGCACUGGGGAGAAAAGGAAGGGGAAGGAGAAUCAAAAAGCUAUCCGGAAGCGGUUUUUAUUUUUAGUUUCCUGUUUAGUUCUGCUCACCACCGUGUUCCUUGGUGAGUUGCUCGCUGUAAUGGAAUUUCACACUCGUCAGAGAGAUACAUAUAAAAUAGCUUGUUAUAGUUCUUUGCAAAUGCAAAAAGAGCAGUGACUUGAG